AUGGCACAUGUGGCCGCGUGGCUAAAGCGGCAGAAGGAGGAGGAGUUGGCCAAGGAAAAGGAACGGCUCGAGACUUCUAAGAUAUAUGCGGAGUACGUGCGCGAUUUCGAAGGAACCGGCGCUCCCGCCACGGCCGUCGCUGCAACUGCGCCCGUACGCUUCGUUAAAAGUGGAGAACCUGCGCCCAAACCAUCGCAAACGUCCCAUUCAAGUCUAGCAGCUUCCGGAAUCUUCGACGCCCAGGCUGGAGGCGAUCCGGCGGCUGAGAGGGUCGAUGAGCACAGCGCCGAGUAUCUGAGAUGGGUAACCUCCAACGCGAACGCGGCUGCCGCGCGGCCUCCGGCAACUGGGAAGACGCAGCUCAAGGAAAAGCAGCAGCGUCAGGAGGAAGAGAAGGCGUUGCAACGCCGCAUGCGCGAUUCUAAGCUGUCGCCAGGCCUUCCAGAUGCCGCCGUGCACAGCGCAGGGGUGGACCCUAGGCGCAACUCGGGCUCCGACGCCCCAUGUACCAUUUAUGUUGGCAACUUGCCACCUUCCAUAACUGAGGAUGAUUUGGAACGCAAAUUCGGGCGCUGCGGACGGAUCAAUCGCAUCAAAGUUAUGCGCAGCAGUGCCGCCGACCGCCCGAAGCAGUGCUACGCAUUCGUGACCUUUUCGCACCCCUCAGAUGCGCAAUGGGCUAAGGAAUCGCUCGAUGGCGCCGAAAUAUUGGGCUACCGCUGCAGGUUGGGAUGGUCGUACCACGGAGGCGGGAGAUCGCCAACCCACGGCUCGUCUCCGUCGUCGUACGCGGAACCUGCCGAGGUCGCCGUAUCGCCCAUGCCCUCUUCAUCCAAUCUCCCGCCACUGCUGGCCGAUGCGCGCGGAGUGCACGUUGAGUUGCCCCCGUCACCAAUGAAACGUGCGGUGAUCGAUUUGAUGGCUCGCUACGUAGUCCAGGGCGGCGCUGAAUUCGAGGCCAUGAUCAUGGCUAACGAGUCCGAGCAAGGCCUUUUCAACUUCAUCUUCAACCGCAACUCUCCCGAGCAUAUAUACUACCGUUGGAAAGUGUACUCCCUUCUCCAGGGUGACACCGAUAAGGAGUGGCGCAGAGAACCGUUCCAAGUGGUUGCCGGCGGUUUGCAGUGGCAUCCGCCCGUUGAAAAGACCGACACGUCGCCGGCGCCGCCGAUGCCCACGGUGCCGCCCAUUCUCGGUGCAGAGACAGCGAUGACGAUGUCGCACAGCGGCCGCGCCCCCAUGAUGCACUCAGACAUCAGCCGUUUGGAGAAGCUGCUGCGCGACUGCACCACGACCCGGGGGAGCGUGGCUGAGGCCAUGAUGUUCAUCAUCAACCACGGCGAGUCCGCGUUCCAGGUUACCGACUACCUCGUGAACUCGAUUCUGGAGGACACGCCGACGGUUGAUAAGAAGAUAAGUCGCCUGUACAUUCUGAGCGACGUGCUGUACAACACGUCCGCGUCCAACAAGUUCGCGUGGCUGUAUAGGUCGAGUUUUGAGAAGCGGAUCCCCGAGGUCUUCGCGCACUUCAGGCAGUUCAUGAAGACCUCCAGCAGCAAGAUCGCAGUCCAGCAGCUGAUAGGCAGUAUCACCCGUAUGUUGCCUGCGUGGCGUCAGUGGAACGCAUACCCCACGGAGUAUAUCCACGGCCUGGAGUCUGCCCUUUGGGGACCUGACUUCGAAUCUUUCGCCACGCUGCCGCAUUUCGAGGAGCACAGAGAGGCGAUCGACUCCACCUACGAUGGAGAGAAGAUGGAGUACUUUGACGUGCUAUCUAGGUUCCCGCUGAAGUGGCGCGAAGCAGCUUACCGCUACCUGCUCAUGCGCGUCAGGAAGCUGAAACAGCUGUGCUUGAUUCGUGGGCUGCUGACCAUACCCGGGGACAGGUCAUCUCUGGUCACCCGCCUGAUAAUCAACGACAUGUACGUGGAAGCCAGGGAGGCGGAGAUAAGAGAGAUGGAGCUUGCUGAACGUGAUAAUGAUCGCGAAGACCACGAACGUUUGUCACAAAGCGUCUCACCUUACGGCGGAGCAGACACUAUGGAGAUGGAGGUCGGCUCUGGCGAAUCCGAAAUGCGCCGACCGCCAGAUCCCGCCAAAUCACCGCCACAACCGGAACUCGGAGACGCUGAAGCGGCUUCGGACGAAUGCAGCGACGUGGAGUCAGCUUCCGACGCCGAGGUGCCGAAUGCCGCCGCCUCCGAGUCCGACGAUCACAUGGACACAAGUUCAGACGUCGUCGGACCUGACCUCGACCAUGAGGCCCCCGUUGACGCCCCUGAACAGUCGAGCGAGGUUGCAGCCGAAGAGGACGCGCAGCCCGAGGAAGUCGCCCCGCCGGCGCCAGAGGAGGACCCGGACGACAUAGAGGACAUGUUCGCAGCCGACAACUGA